AUGGCGGAAUGCGGUCGAGUUGACAGGAGUCAUCACAGUAUGGAUAAAAGCAUAACUCUCCCUCCCGAUGAAAUAUUCCGCAAUUUGGAGAACGCAAAGCGGUUCGCUAUAGACAUAGGUGGAUCUCUUACAAAGCUUGCGUAUUACUCUACUGUUCAACACAAAGUGGCUAAAGUACGAUCUUUCGACCACACUACAAAGGAGGCUGCCAGCGAUAAGCUCUAUGAGAUAUCUGUGCAGGAGGAGAUAACAGCUCGCCUGCACUUCAUCAAGUUUGAAAAUGCUUACAUUGAAACAUGCUUGGACUUCAUCAAAGACCAUCUGGUCAACACGGACACAAAAGUCAUCAAAGCCACAGGUGGAGGGGCACACAAGUUCAAAGAUCUCAUUGAGAAGAAACUCGGGCUCAAAGUGGACAAGGAGGACGAGAUGACCUGCCUUAUCAAGGGCUGUAACUUUGUGCUGAGGAACAUCCCCCAUGAGAUCUUUGUCUAUGCCAGGCACGCCGACUCAGAGUUCCGCUUCCAGAACACUCACCCUGACAUCUUCCCUUACCUGCUUGUAAACAUUGGUUCAGGGGUUUCAAUAGUCAAGGUUGAAUCAGAAGACAAAUUUGAGCGUAUUGGAGGAAGUUCAAUAGGUGGGGGGACAUUCUGGGGUCUUGGAGCCUUGCUCACUAAAACAAAGAGAUUUGACGAGUUACUACAGCUGGCCUCAAAAGGGCAGCACACAAGUGUCGAUAUGCUUGUCAAAGAUAUCUACGGAGGCUCUUACGGAUCCUUGGGCUUGACUGGAGAUCUUAUUGCAAGCAGUUUUGGGAAAUCUGCUACAGCUGACCAAGAUUUCUCUAAAGAAGACAUGGCCAAGAGUUUACUCCAUAUGAUCAGUAAUGAUAUUGGGCAGCUGGCUUGCCUAUAUGCCAAGCUUCAUAACCUCUCCAGAGUGUACUUCGGGGGCUUUUUCAUUAGAGGACAUCCAGUCACCAUGCACACAAUCACCUACAGCAUAAACUACUUUACCAAGGGUGAAGUUCAAGCUUUGUUCCUAAGACAUGAAGGCUACCUUGGGGCCAUUGGAGCAUUUCUUAAAGGAGCAGAGGAAGACAAUCCAAAUCAGUACAGCUGGGGGGAGAAUUAUGCUGGAAGCUCAGGCCUAAUGAGUGUUUCUCCUGACAUAAACCCAAUGCAGCGUGCACGCAGUGGAACGUUUGACAUGUUGGAGAUGGACCGUUUAGAAAGAAAGCUGGUAAACCUUCCACUGCUGCAGGACCCCUCCUCAUACAUCCCUGACACAGUGGACCUCACAGAGGAUGCCCUGGCCCGCGAGUACUGGCUCUAUUGCUUCGAGGAAGCGCUUGAUGGGGUGGUGAAGAGGGCUGUAGCAAGCCAACCUGAUAUCCCAGAGGCUGCUGAGCGAGCAGAGAAGUUCAGACAGAAAUACAGGCACAAGCUUCAGACCCUCCGCCACCAGCCUUUUGCUUAUGGAUCCCUCACUGUCAGAAGUCUGUUAGACACAAGGGAACACUGUUUAAACGAGUUCAACUUUCCUGAUCCCUACUCUAAGAUCAAGCAGAGGGAGAAUGACAUAGCCCUCAGAUAUUAUCAGAAGGCAGUCAAAUCCCUGGAGGAGCUGAGCUGGGAGGAGAGGCAGUUUGCCCUGGUCCGGGGCGUCUUGGCCGGGAAUGUAUUUGACUGGGGAGCCAAGGCCGUGUCCGAUGUUCUUGAGUCUGAUCCUGAGUUUGGGUUUGAGGAGGCUAAACGUCAACUGGAAGAGAGGCCAUGGCUUGUUGAUGCUUAUAACCAAUGGAUCGAGAGACUGAAGGGUCCUCCUCACAAGUGUGCCUUGUUUUUCGUAGAUAAUAGUGGAAUGGACAUCAUUCUUGGAGUGAUGCCCUUUGUCAGAGAGCUUCUCAGUAGGGGAACAGAGGUCGUACUGGCCAGCAACUCUGGUCCAGCUUUGAAUGAUGUGACAAAUGGUGAACUACAGAUUUUGACUUCAAAAAUAGCUGCUAUGGAUCCAGUGAUUAAUGCCGGGCUGAAGGAGGAAAGGCUAAAGUUGGUCCAGAGUGGUUCUAGUUCUCCUUGCCUGGAUCUCAGUCGUCUGGACAAAGCGCUGGCAAUACUGGUGCGGGAUCGCCAAAUCGAUCUGGUGAUUAUUGAGGGCAUGGGCCGGGCCAUCCAUACCAACUACUAUGCCAUGCUCAGCUGUGAGAGCCUCAAAAUGGCUGUUAUCAAGAACUCCUGGCUGGCCGACCGGCUGGGGGGCAAGUUGUUCAGUGUGGUUUUCAAGUACGAGGUGCCUCCAGAAAAACGCAGUCAAGACCCUGGAACACUGACACCCUCAUGAGCCCAUCCCAGGUUGUGUUUAACAGUAUAGGGGGAAACUGGAGGAACUGGCUGGAUUUGAUAGACCGAAACUCAGAAUGUGAUGAUGAUGAUGGUGAUGAUGUUGAUGUUUGCCCUGCCACUUGGUGAAUGACUGAUUGUAAUGCUGAUUGUAAAAUUCAGACAGGUUUUAGAGGAGAUGGGUAUCAGGGAACCAUUGGGUUGGUUUUUAAUUUAUGUUUUGGGUGAUUUUUAGCACACGUUUUCAAGGAUUUGCAUUGAUUUCUUUCAGGUAUUUGCUGUACAAUCAGUUUGCUUCCAUCUUUGACAAUUACUGACCUCAGUCAGUACAUGAAGCACGUUUAUAGUGAAAGGGGAAAUCAUCAGUGGUUGUUGUCGAUACACUUUUUCUCCAGCAGCUUGUGCUCGCAGAGAAGAUGUGUAGCUUGUAGACAUUGGCAUAAUCAUACGCAAGAGUUUAUAGAAAAUUUCAUCAGAUGUUGCUAUCCUCCCAGGGCACAGCAUCUAGUUUUUUUUAACAAUGCUGUGCAUCCACAAUGGCUUGUGGUGAAAGAUGAUUUGCUGAGCGUAUGUGUACACACACGUGGGCGUUCGAGCAAUUACAGCUUUCAGAGGUAAAGCUUUUCAAGAGAAACUGUGGUUUAUGUGCCUUGAGACUGGUGUGAUCAAAGCAUCAUUCAUUCAGUAUUCGACCAGCUCACUUUUAGUAUUUGCUGGGACCCUCCACAAAUGUCUGCUUUUGGUUUCUGGUGUUUGCACGCCGUUUUCUCAGUGAAUCCACGGUUUUCCUGUUUUCCGGUACCAUCAGAGGUCGAAAUGAGACGGUUGAAUAAUUCUUCAUUAUUAUCACCUUAGUAUAGUUGUUCUUAAUUUUUCAGGGAAAUUGUUUUAACGGUUGAAGCAGCAUUUUAUCACAGGAGGUUGACGUGAUGGGACUGUUAUUCCACAAGAUGGCAGUAUUCUACUGUGAAGUAAGGUUUUAGGCCCCUAAAGGUGCUGGGCAUCAAAAUUAUCACUACUUAAAUCAGGUUAAAGUGAUUCCAUUUUUGAUUCCGAGGCAUUUUUUUUUUAUCGGUUCAUCACAUGAAAGGUGUUUUGUUUUUUUUAAUUACUUUUUUAAUUAGACUGUGGGGGCUACAGUUGCAGUCAUGACACAUAAUUUAAUUGUGCAAAUAAAUUGCUGUGUAAAAUAGUUAUUUAUCCCCAAGUCAGAGAUACAUUUUCAUGAAGGUAAUACCACCAUGCAACACUUCGCAAAGUGAUUGGUCCGAAAUGGGGAUUUCAAUACACUAGAUAAAGAUCUGAAUUACAGGUGAUUGGUCAGAUUAAUAAGGCCUUGCCAAAAUGUUUCCCAAGGCUAUAACUGUUUAACAUUUGUCAAUUUGUGAUAGUGUAAUGUUAUGUGUACAUUGUCAGCUACACACUUGUACAUUGUAUUUGUACAUUGUCAGAUACACGGUAAAAAUUUAUAUAAUUCAUUUGCUUCACUUCAUUUCAACUCACGAGCACAAUUUUAUGUAAUAUAUUCCUCUCUCGACAAUCAGUUUUAAUUAAAUCGUGAAA